AUGCCCGCGAUUCGACAUGCUUCGAAGCGCAAGCCGCCACCAGAUGGCUUCGACGACAUCGAGGACGACUUGCUGAUCUUUGCCAACAAGAUGAAGGACGCACAGUCCACCCCGACCGAUGGCCUGCCAAAGCACCAGGCGCAGUGGCCUAUUUUCCAGAUUUCGCACCAGCGCAGCCGCUACGUCUACGAGCUGUACUACGAGAAGGAGGCCAUCAGCAAGCAGCUGUACGACUGGUUGUUGAAGAACGGCUACGCCGAUGCCAUGUUGAUUGCCAAGUGGAAGAAGCAGGGUUACGAGAAGCUCUGCUGCCUUCGUGCGUCAGUUGCGGCUGCCGAGGAUGCUCUUCAAGUGACUAAGGGGCAGGAAGAAGAGGAUUGA